AUGGAUGAAACUCAAGAGAAUGAAACUUCAUCAUCGAACAAUGCAGAUGAUGAUAAUGAUGAAUAUAGCAUGGAAAACAUCAAUGAAUUAUUGCAAGGAUUUAUGAAUGAAAUGUCAUCGGAGACAAAUGAACAAACAGCGGAAUCGAGUGUAAUAUUCGAGCAAUUGUUAAGUAAAGUUAAGCAACUUCUCGACAAUAGUGAUAAUUCUGAAAAUCUUAUUCAUCAAACUCUACCAUUAUGUGAUGAACUCAUCGACAUAGUCGAGGAAGCAAAUUUUACUGACACUAGUGAUCUUCAAACUUGUAUCGAAACAAUUACUCAUAUUGGCACUAUAUUUGAAAAUAUCACUUCCAUAAAAGAUGAAAAGUUUCUUAUACGCGAAUUUUUCUUUGAAUUGCUCGACCUACUUUCUAAACCACAAAUUUGUUCGUGUUUCAAUAAUAACCAACAUACAAAAACAAUAAACAUAGAAGUUUAUAAAUAUCUAACCGUUCUGUUAUUGGCUUUAGCUACCGAUCUGGCUGGUACUGUUCCAUUUAUACAAGAUGAUAGUAUUACACGAAAUUAUACGGAACUAUUUAGCUCCAUGUAUAAGCGAGUGGAGCGUGAUCUACAGCUUGGUAAUCAUACCAAACAACAAACAGCUCUCGAUAAUAAGAUAACAGAUUACAUUUUAUAUUUCUUUUGGAAUCUCGCUGAUCGAACAAUUAUGGUGCCGUGGCUUCUUGGUAUCGAUUUGACUAAAGCUAUGCUAGAAUGUUUAAAAGUAAAAAAAUUAUCUUUGAAAAUAACUCGACAAAUUAUCAGCAUUAUUCAUAACAUAUCUCGACAUGAUGAUGGUGCUGAUGAACUCAAAAAAUUUGAUGGUCUUCUGAUUCUUAAAGAUAUGCAGAGUAAGUACAGCAGUGUAUUGGGUAAUGAAGAAAAUCUUAUCAUAUCAAUGGCGAGUAUUCUUCUUUCGACGCCCCAACAAAUUCGCUCAGACAAUAAACGAAUGAAUAAAAUUCUUAAUCAAUUGUUACAAAUCAUAAUUGAUGCUGCUAAAUCAGAAAAUUAUCGUGAUCAAGAUACAAAAGGUUUCCAUGUAUCUGAACCCUUAGCUGUAUUUACCAAAUUGUUUACAGAUGAUCAUUCGUUAAAGUAUGUUCUUAAUGAUGCAGAAACUAAUCCAAGACUUGAUGUAUCAUCAAAAAUUAACUUAUUCGUCGAUUUAUUCAUGAAAUUUCGUGAUGCAUUCGAAGAGAAAAAUCAACUCGAACAAUUUACGUGCAUAGCUCUGUUGAACAUUUUAUGGAGCAUCUCAUUUCAAGAUCAGUAUGAAACAAUUCUUCAGAAAAAUCAAAAUUUCUUGAAGGCGAUUCGAAAUUUAGCUUCGAAUUAUAAUGAAAAUGUUGUUGAUCACUAUGCUCCACGUUCAAUGGAAAGCGUGAAAAAAGCUGCGAAUGGCAUUCUCGACAAUCUUUAUGAAAUACGCGAUAGUAAAACCAAUGAUAUCGCAGAUCAACAAUUAGCCUCUAAUACUGGUGACGAAAAGCCAAUGAUUAUGAUCAGCUAUGCUCAUGCUAAUGAUCAAUUUUGUGAUAAAAUACUUGCCGAGAUCGAAAGAAAAAGGGAUCUAUGUCGAAUUUGGAUUGAUCGAAAUUAUUUAGCAUCGAACGAAGAUUUAUGGGAAAAAAUUGCUCUUGGAAUUAAACAAUCAAAAGUUGUUGUAUGUCUUCUUUCUCAAAAAUAUUUUGACAGUAAGUCGUGCCGUAAAGAAGCUACUUUCGCAAUUAAACGUAACAAAUCGAUCAUUCCUGUCUACAUUGGUGAACCGGGUGAUUGUGAUUGGCUCGACCACACAGAAAAGCUUGACUCUGGCAAAAUUGAAGAACUGUUAACAACGAUUGAAGCUACUAUUAAAUCAACGAAAACACAGCCACCACAGCAACAAAUACAACAACAUACUAUACCGACACAACCUCGAAAAGAACCCGAAAUAAUUAAAUCGACCACUUUCAAUCAGAAGAAACCUAUUGAACAAUGGACAGUUGAUGAUAUUCAUGCAUGGUUUAGUAGUCACAAGGUUCCUGAUACUCUUGUAAAAUUAUAUGAUUUUCAAUCAGCUGCCGAAAUGCAAGAAUAUGCUGUGAAAGUACGCACUGAUUCUGAAAAAGAAUUCAUAAAAUAUCAAGAACGAUAUACUAAAAACUAUCCUGGGGAAGAACUUGAAGAAUAUGUAUUUAAUCGCUUUAAAAAGUCUCUUUUCAAUCUGCCAAAUAGUAAACAAGCGAAAAUGACAACACCGCUAUCUUCAUCGCAAACUACAACACCCAAAUCGAGUACUUGUACUAUUUUGUGA